UUUAUUAUUGUGUAUAUGUGUUAGUAAAUUAAAUGGCGAUUCGUGGAUAGAUACGUAUUUCACCGAAAUAAUUUAUUAAAAAAGAAUACUGAAUUUUACGGAUAAAGUCUAAUAAAUAAGUUUGAGGUUUUAACAAUGCGUUCAAUCGUUGAAAUAGGAGCUAGUGUCCCAGCUUUUUUGGGAAAACUAUGGAAAUUGGUAAAUGAUUCAGAGACCAAUCAUCUGAUUUCAUGGAGUCCAGGAGGGAAAACAUUUGUUAUAAAAGGUCAAGCUGAUUUUGCAAGAGACCUUUUACCACUUUACUACAAACACAACAAUAUGGCUAGUUUCAUCAGACAAUUAAAUAUGUAUGGCUUUCACAAAAUCACAUCUGUUGAAAAUGGUGGCCUUAGAUAUGAGAAAGAUGAAAUAGAAUUUUCACAUCCUUGUUUCAUGCGUGGACAUGCAUACUUAUUGGAACACAUUAAAAGAAAAAUUGCAAAUCCAAAGUCCAUUGUAGCUAGCAGUGAGAGUGGGGAGAAAAUACUUUUAAAGCCAGAAUUAAUGAAUAAAGUAUUGGCCGAUGUUAAACAAAUGAAGGGCAAACAGGAAAGUCUUGAUGCUAAGUUUAGUGCAAUGAAACAGGAGAAUGAAGCUUUGUGGAGGGAGGUGGCCAUUCUCAGGCAGAAGCAUAUCAAGCAACAACAAAUUGUUAACAAUUUGAUACAGUUCUUAAUGUCACUUGUACAACCAUCCAGAGCACCUACUGCUAAUGGCAACAAUGUUGGUGUAAAGAGGCCCUACCAAUUGAUGAUUAACAAUGCAGCUCACAACGCAAACGAUGCCUAUCCAGGGAAAAUCAAAAACAUUAAACUUGAUAAAGAUAAUGUGUUAGAUGACGUAAAUGAGGAUAACUUGGAGGAUGGACCAACAAUACAUGAACUGGCACAUGAUGACAUAUUACACAAUGAAGCUUCACAAGAUUCCUUGUACCCAGCUAGUUUUGUAACUGUGGGUUUGUCACCACCAGUUAUGAAUUUGAACAAUGCUGAUCCUGCAACAUUAAAUACACAUUACCAUGUUACCAUGGAAGAUGGUGAUGAUUUGGAAACAGAUGGACCAAGAAUAAAAUAUCCAAUGAAUAGUACCAAUGGCCCGAUACGACCUCCCAGUACUCAACCUAUUGUUACAUCUCCAUUACCUACAAACACUUCUACAUCUCCAAUAGGUCAGGCUUCAAUGGAGCAAGGAGUGAAUAAUCUGGCCACCGUGUCACCAAGCACAUCCAAAACAAAAGCCAAGAGUAAUGUGAAGAAAAAUGUCACAGGAGCCAAAAUUCUAUUGUCAGCAAAUAAUUUCAAUACAAUGAACCCAUCUGCUGACUUCAAACUACCGGCUGAAAUAUUUGCAAGUGAUGACUCAGUUAGUGAUGCUGGUAUAGCCACAACUGAAGAUCUUAAUGCUCUGCAUGAAGUUAUGAAUGGUAGUGACCCAGUCGUAACCUCAUCAAAAGAUGAAAUGCUCGGAGGUAUCAAUAUUAAAGUUGAGAAAGUAGCCGAUUCUGUCAAAACAUCUGGAAAGAAGACGAAGAAGUCUAAAGAUUAUUCUCAUAACAUUAACUUGGCUGACAUAAAGACUGAACUGCAGGAUGAUUUUGACUGGAAUAAUAUGACUUUGGCAACAGUAAACAACAAUGCAAACAUAAAUAAACUUCAGACUAUGUAUAGAAGAGAUAGCAACAACCAAAACAGAGAGGAAUAUUCAUCCCAUUUGGGAUCAAAUUCAAACAAGAAUGAUAUUGAUGACCAUUUAGACUCAAUGCAGACUGAUCUGGAUUCAUUACGAGAGCUGCUCAGAAGUGACACAUACUCUUUAGACACAAACACGCUAUUAGGGAAUGCUGAUACAAGCGUACAAACGACGAUGUCUCUCAACUCAAGUUUACAUCAGCACAUUCAAAAUGAACAUCUUUUCGGAUCUGACGAUCCCUUCUACGGUUUAACCUACAAUGCCGCCGAUGAACGAGCGAAAACGUGCAAUAAUGCAAAGAAGAUGAAAGGUGAGAUUUCGAAUGUAACCUGUGACGAGAAUCGCGUCCAGAGCCCGUUCGCUGAGGACGAUGCUGAAGGGAAUCAGUUAAUCUCGUAUACAGGGAAUAUUCCAGACUUUGAGGAUUUAACUAUGCCCGAAUUGGAGGGCGAGAAUUCCCAGGAGGGGUGUUUGUCGCCCAGCCCGAGUAGCUCCACGCUUAACACCCCGCAAGUUCAACUUCGCUCGCCUUCAUACUUGAGGCCGUGAAUUUGCCGCAGGAAGAAGUGCUCGGCAUUAUAACCCAAAUAUAUUGAACAUGGCUUUUUUAUCAAGAAAGGGUUUUAUUUUUAUUAACGUGACUAAUUUAAUACAAUGUCCGUAUUUGUAAAGUGGAGUGCACGAUACUGAAUAUACAUGUUAUUAGUGAAUUAUUCUUGAUAUAUUAACUCAAACAUGUUACACAUCGUGGACUUUAUUUUUACUCAUUCAUCUUUAUUAAUAACAAGCCAAAUUAGAAUUUUUAUAAUUAAUUGAAUGAGGAGUUGAUUUUUUCAAGUUGGUCGGAAGACGCUUAAUGCAUUUCUUACAUAUUCACCAUCAUUUUGUUUCUAAAACACGAUGGCAUCGGGAUGUUAUCUUUACUUGUAUGAGAGUUUAUAGACUGGGCACGUCAUGUACAAUUAAGAAAUACGAAUAUUCAUACAAAAUAUAAUUAUAAUUAUAAUCAAUUCUCUUGUAAUGUUGUAGUGAACGUGGUAUAACUUUAAGUAUCAAAUAACAACUGAUUGGAAUUUUGUUAUAAUAUUGCGUCUCAUAUACGAUAAUACAUAAUGCGAAAAUUUAUGAGUAAAGAUAGGAAUGUAAAUUUGUAGAUAUAAUGUAAUUAAUGCAAAUUAUAUAUAAAUACAGUUUACGUAACGUAAAACUUCUUAUAUAGACUGUCUGUCGUACAUAAAGGAUUUAAUAUAAUAGUUGCAGCUUGGUGCCUUAUGAAAGUAACAUUCGAUAUUUUUAUACAUAAAUGAAUAAUUGCCUCUUAAUAUAAAUAAAUAUAAUAUGAUGAUGUUACAAAAAAGAAUAUCCUUUUUUAUUUCUAUAAUAAGUAAUAAGAAUUCCACAAUUUCAAACUGAUUUUUUGACCCUAAAAAUACCUAAAUAUUCACCCUUCAAUUUCAGAAUAAUUUUCACUCUUUAUAUUUAUACUGUAUCAUUUCCAGUAAAUAACUAAUGAUGAUAAAAUAUCGUGCCAUUCGACUGCUUUUGCGUUCUUUAUAGUAACGCACUAAUAUGAAAUUUGGUGGUUUUCACCUUUAACAUUUUGCUUUUAUAAAAACGGAAACAUCUCAAAUAAAAUACAUCACAUGGACGUUUUGCAUAAGCAUUUGUAAUUUAACAUAAUGUAAAUUUCUCAUAAGAUCUUUGAUCAAAUGAGCAGUAUGACUGCUCCAUUGUUUUUAGUGUGGUUAUACAGGUUAAGUUUGUGUUAGUGUUAGUUUGAACAUGAAUUUCUUAAUUAACAAAUAUCGUUACUGUUACGUUAAGAGUUUAUUACAUGUUAUAAUGUGUAUACUUAUUACCACUAACUUUGCAUUCGCAAAAAUUAUACGCAAAUUAGUAGAUUAGUGUAUAAAUUAAUGUCGCUAAAUCCCAAUAACACUAUAUUUUGUGUAUUGUACAUAAGAAAAUUAUUACAUCAUCUUUGUAUAUAUAUUUACUAUAAGUAAAUUGUUUAACAUGUUAUUCACAAUCGAAAUUUUGUGUAUGAAAGUAAUGUACUGCGAAA